CCCCCGCCGCCAGCCAUGACCACCGCGCCUGCCGCCGAGCCCCUCGUCGCCUGCCCGUACACGGCGGGAGGCUGCCCGCUCUUCCAGACGUACGACGUCGACCCGAACCAGCGUUGCGCCGGCUCGUGCUCGCCCGCCCCACCGCCUCCUCCGCCUCCUCCCGCCCACGCCUACUCGCUCGAGUCCACCUCGACCUCGACAAAGCGCUCUGCGCCCUCGUACCUGACGGCCGAGGACGCAGCGUUCCUCAGCGAGCUGGCGGGCGGCGUCGGCGGGUCGGUCUCGUCGGCGCUCGCCAACGACGAGUCGUCUUGGGCCGACUACCUCGACUUUGGCAUCUCGCCGAACGCGCUCGAGGUGCCCUACCUCGGCCCAGUGCCCGAGCCGUCGUCGUCGAUGCCGUCGCCGCCGCUCGACGUCCUCCCGCCGCUGUCGCCCCAGCUGUGGGACCUCGAGGACCUCAUCUCGCGCGCCGGGCCCGGCGCCAAGCGCGUCCGCACGACGCCGCCACCAGUCGUUCCUGUGCCUGUCGCCCUCAAGUACCCGCACACGGACGUCCAGGUCGACAAGCCGUCGCCGCCGCCGCCGCCGUCGCAAGGCCCGGCUGCCGGCUCCCCCACGUCGACCGACGAGGAGGAGAGCGAGGUCGUCACGCCGUUCAUCUCCAAGCUGUCGUACCUUCUCCAACAUCCCGAGUUCGAGCCGUGGGUCCGGUGGGACUCGUCGGGCCAGUACCUCCUCGUCGCGCACACCAAGCCGCACCUCCUCCAGAUCCUCGAGCGCUUCUUCCGCCACACGGUGACGAGCAGCUUUAUCCGCCAACUCAACAUCUACGGCUUCCGCCGUGCCUCGACCGCCCAGCUCCUCAACAUCCUCGACUCGACCUCGUUCGCGUCGUGCGUCACGCUCCCGGACGGCACGCUCGAGACGUUCUCGGCGGCCGACUACUCGGCGUUCGGCAACCCGCUCUUCUGGCGCUCGGUGCCCGGUGGCCCGCCGUGCCGCCUCGGGGCCCUCAAGCCCAUCACCAAGGAGCGCGGGCCCCGCAACCGCAACAAGAAGGCGCAGGCGGCAGCGGCGGUGGCGCCGCCGCCACCGCCGGCGACAGCGCUGAGCUCGGCGCUGUACCAGUCCUCGCGAGGCGGGCCUCUCGUCCCUCGCCAUAUCCGCUUUGCCUAGAUCUUGCAGCUUCCUUCUCUAGUGCACUUGAGUCUUUGUCGUUCUCUCUCUAUC